CACUUGAUAUUGAUGAAAGCGUUCCCUCAAACGCCCGCAGUUGAAGAAAAGUCAUUCCAAAUACAACACCUUCAGUGCAUUUCAGAGAAGUCAGCAGUGACAAUCUUAAGGAGAUAGAAUCGGUCGCGGUUAAAGUUUUUUUUUUUUUUUUCUGAAAGAGAGCUUUCCAGGACCUAAUGAACCCCAACAAUCCAGCGAGCGCCCCUCCUGCGGACUGGAAUGGAGAGAAGUCCUCCAUGGGCCAGGCUGCCCCGCCGCCCUACCAGGACAACACCUCAUCCUGGAACCCACAGGCGGGAUACCCACCACAUCCGCAGGGUUAUGGAGCCCCGCCCUACCAGUACCAAGGUCCAGGAUAUGGACCACAGCCGUACCCCUCAGGUCAGCAGUAUCCAGGCCAGACUGUCAUUGUCCAACCCCAACAUUAUGUGAUCCCAACCCCACUGGAACACCCGGUCAACGACUACCUAGCCUACUCCAUCUUCACCUUACUCUGCUGCUGUCUGCCACUGGGAAUUGCUGCCCUCAUCUACUCCAUCUCAACUCGUGAAGCCAACCACAAUGGUAACCGGAUUGCAGCCGAGCGGAGCAGCAAGACAGCCAGGACACUGAACCACGUGGGUCUUGGAAUCGGUCUUGGGUUCUUCAUCCUCAUGAUCGUCUAUGCAGUUGUAAUGGCAACUGUGAUUCGUAAUUAAAUCUGUUACAUCUUUUUUCCUUAUUUCCUGCCCUCAUGUCUGUCUAUAUCAGGUAAUCAGACUUUAUCAAGAACAUUAAUAGUAAUCACUUAGAAUUUCUCUUUAGAUGUGGACACCCUGUAAGUCGCCUGGCUGGCUAAAAUUAUUUUGAAAUUUUUGGUGUCCAUAUGUUACAAAAAGUCUGCAGAAGCUCUUUACAUGUAAUCUGUUACUUUCAUUCACUUUGUAGAAACAGCACUUAAUCUUUCAUACCCUAUCAACACAUUUUCAGUUUAUGAUUUACCUUUAAUGCAAUGACACAUAAAAAAGCAUUUCUUGAUUUGUAAAACACACCAACUUUGUUGCCUUAAGACCUGAGCCUGGGUUCAACACCACAUAAAGCUGCUGUUGCUAGUCGUGAUAUAAACAUCAGUUCAGAGAGAGAUUUCCAGUGUCAACACUACCCCCCCCCCCCCCUCUGCUGUCGUAACCCCGCCCACAAAAGAUUGUUGUGCACGUUCUAUGAGGAAGUAGUGGCUUCCCAGGCAAUCAGGGCGACGUAGUGGGGCCUCCGCUCGACCAAUCAGGACAGAGGGUUGGGGAGUAGCUCUGAUUGGUCUGUGAUAAUGGGAACGAGGGGAAUAAUAACAUUGCUUGAUACAAAGGCAUUGGAAAACACAGAGAUAUCGCCAUAUUCUCAAAUUACUUCACUUACAGAUGAGUACCGAUGGGUAUUAUAACCUUUUCUCCAAACCCAGCAGAAAAAAGUAACGUUUUUUAUACCAUUCCUACCAACAGCAGCUUUAAAACAGUGGCAGGGUUCACAUUUGAUCCAAAGACAGUUUUAUUUUGUGUUCCAACAACAGAUGAUACAAUCCAGUUUGUAAUUUCUGAGAUUUGAUUGUAAGCUGUAAGGGUUUUUUCGGUUCUGCAAGUGAAAAAGAUUUCUCAGAUUGUAAGACUUUGGCAAGUGUUCUGCGUUUCAAACAGAAUGGUUGGCUGUAAUUUGCAUGUACAACCUCUUAUACUUUUAGAGAUACAAUAUCAUGAUGCAUUUAUACUCUCUUAAGGAGACUGUGCCUUAUAUAGCUUAGAAGGAGAAAUACUCAGAGUGAGCCUGUUUGUCAUUAAAGUGUGUCUGAUGUUUGUUGCACGCUACAGCAGUCCUCUUUUCUCUGCAGCUGAACAAUGCUCUUAUUUUGAAAGCAGCACUCUGUUAUGUAUCACUGGCUUGGGUGUUUUUGUUGUUCUAUGUCUGUUCUUUUCUGAAACAGAGCUGAAAAAGUCCAAUUUUACUCAAUGUCAACUUUCUUUAUAAAUAAAGUAUAUUAAGAGAACA